UUGGCCAGACAUUUAUUGCGCUGCAUUUGCUUGCCGGCAAAGAGUGAGUUAUCGCCACUUGGUUUGGAAUAGUUUCAAUAUUUGAAAGCAUUUCAGCCGCAGGAGAAACUCCCACCUUUCCAGAUUCCACUGCUGAAGUCGUCGCUGACGCCUUUUGUUUCGAAAUCAAGAAACUUCAGGACCAGUUGCCGCUUUUCAGCACAGUCGUUUCUGUACCCCCAGCGUAUUCUAACGGCUCAAAUUUGUGAGCCUUUCUAGGACAAGACAAAUCGAUUCAGAUCCCUACUACUACCAGAAACUCGAUCCCAUCUCUCUCUCUCUCAGCCCAACUUCUGGACGUGAACAUCCCGCAACAGGAUUCCUCGUAGCAGAACCAAAGGUUUUCUCUCUUCUGCAGCUGCCACAAACGGCUAUACUUUCUCACUGCCCACACCUAUUUACACUGAAUCGACAUGGCAAGCACGCCAAAACAGUCACCCCGUAAGCCUAUCACACCAAACGCGGCUUCCCCCAUCCGUCGAGUGCGCGGGCCCGGCCAGAAUCAGGCAGGGUUCAACGAUCGACUGCCCCACCACGGCUUCCACACAUUCGCCGGACCACAACAGCAACAGAAGCCACGCGGUGGCCGCGGCCGCAGCUCGUCGCCACGACGACACACGAGGUCGUCAUCGAGCCGUCGGAGGUCGUCGUCAAGCCGUCGCAGCUCGUCGCCGCGCCGUCAGCAGUCCGCACGCAAGGCCUCGCCGAGACGCAAAUCGCCUCUACGCGGCCAGGCAUGGAAUGGACAGAAUUUGAGCCAGGCUUUCCAAGGGCUCGUGGCCCAGGGCUUGAGUCCCAGCGUCGCUCGCAACCUCGAGCAGAUCAUGCAGCAGCAGGGCGCUCUCAACGGCCAAUCCCCGCAGCGGCGCAACAACAACACGUUCGUCGAGGCCAACAUCCUCUACAUCAGCAACCUGCAUCCGGCCUUCACUGACGACCUACUGAUAAAGCUACUGGACGAGAACCGCGUACCGUGCCUCCGCUAUCCACAGCCGAAGAUAAAUGACCGCCCGCUGUCCAAGGAAUCAGCUGGCGAGGUCAAGUUCAAGGAUGCGUCUGGUAUGCGCAAGGCCGUCAGCAUUCUGAACGGGCUUGAUAUUGGAGAGUUCGUCAAGGAGAACAUCUUUCAAGGUCAGCCAAAGAUCACGGUCAAAGUGAAUGGCAUCGACCUGGAGUACGACCUAGAGGAGAGACGCAACAUCUUUGCCAUGAAGAAGAUGCAGCGCUUGCAGUACGAAGCGCAGAUGUGCGAGCGCGGCGUCUUCGUCUUUCAGCUGCAGAAGCGCGACAUCCAGAGCAGCCAGCAGCUGUACCAGCAGUUCGACGACGACCCGAAGCUACAGGCGCUCGUCGAGCAGGUGCGCGUGGCCGAGACGCGGCCGAAGGACGGCAAGGCGUUCAAGUCUCGCGGCUGCGGCCACAUCCUGUUCCCGGACCGAGCCACCCUGGCCGAGGCGCAGGUCUAUCUCAGCAAGAUCGGCUGCGAGCACACCAACUACACGCGCCCGCUCAACGAUGCCACCAAGGUCCUGGACAAGACGUUCCUGCGCAACCCCACCAACAUCCACAUCAAGAACAUCCCGGAGCACUACGUUGCCGGCGAAGGCCGCAAGCAGCUCGAGGCUUUCUUCGUCAGUGCCGCUGAGCGCGCCGUCACUGGAUUCGCCCCGAAGGAAGGCGGUCCAAUGCGUCGCCUGGAGAUAAAUCAAAACCCGCAUGGAUACGAGGGCUUUGCCAGCUUCUGCUACUACAUCCAAGCCCAGCAGGUCAUAAAUGAACUGAAUGGCGUCAAACUGGGCGCCAACAACCCUGAACAGAAAGCGCUGCGUAUCGAGUUCUUCGAGAAGCAGGAAACUCGCCAGGCGCGCAUUCAGGCGCAGAAGGACAGCGAUUACGAUCCGGCCGCGCGCGGACGAAAAUCGUCCAAGCAGCCGAAACGGUCGAGUCGUAGCAAAAGCCGCAGCAAGAGCCGCAGCAAGAGCCCUGCCAGGGCUGACAAGAGCAAGAUCAGCAAGAGUCAGGAAGGCAAGAAGCCCACCGCUGGCAAGGACAGCAAGGAUAGCAUACCGAAGAAGGCCACCGCUGCCAAGAGCUCUGCCGGCAGCGAGAAGAAGAAACCGCGCAGCAGCCGGUCGAGCUCCCCUGGCAGGAAGGAUGCCAAGGCAGCAAAGUCCCCGUCCCAAGCUAAACCAGCCAAUCGCAGCAAGAGUGACUCUAAUAAUCGCGGUGCUGGCAAACAACAGCAGCAGAAGCUGAAGUCCCAGCGUGUCCGUGAUUCCACCUACUACCUGAACCGUCGUAUGGACUCCGAAAAGGUCCAGAAGGAGCUGAACCACUACAAACACAAGCUGGUACCGGGCGGAGAAAACAUCCUAAAGGAUCAUUUCGUGGAGUACAUCGUCGACACUGCCCAGGCGCUGAUCGAAGUACUGCCCUAUCUUACGCCUGUGCACGUGUUCUUCACCACAGACUACUUCCGCGCGUUCGCCAACCAGCACGUGGUGGUGGAGGAUGAUGAUGUCGUCGCGUUCGGCAUGUCGGUCAGCGACAACUCGGUGACCGAACUGCGUCACCUGGUGCAGGACAUACUGUUGACCGACCCGGUCGCGUAUCUACCCGACGGCGACGAGCUGUAUGGCAAGAUCCGCAACUCGUCCGGCGUCAACCAGCUACGCAACGUUCAGGCAUACGCCAUCGCUCACGUCUUGCCCAACAUUGGCCACUACAAGACGGCCUUGAAGAAUGCAGUCACCAUCGAGCGUAUGUCCGUCAACCUGGUCUUGUCCCUCAUUGCUUGUUACCACCAGUGCAUCCAAACGCGCCUAGCCAACACUAAGCCGAACACUAAGCCGAACGCUAAGCCGAAUCUACCGGGGAGAGUGGUAAUCAUCGAGGACUUCAUCAAACACUACAUGCAGGACAGGGACACCACUGACGCUUGCUUGGAGAAGAUUUACGAGGACCACAUUGUAGCCUUCAACCAGAUCAUCUACGACACUUCGCUCAUCAACCCUGCUGUCGAGUGGUCGGUGGACAUGCUGGCGGAGCGCGAGAAGGAAUUCCCGGAGCAUGUUGCCUACCUGCGCCAGGCAUACGUGUACAACGAGGCCCGCUCAAUUGUUGCCGCUGACCGAGAGAAGGACGUCUAUCAUCACUACUACACGGACGACAGCCUCGCCAAACUGGUGGCGGACGUUGCCAAUCGCAUCGGCAACGACAUCGUAGCGGCAGAAGCGCCGGCGGAAGCCCUCCAGCUGGUGCGCAAGCAGAACGUGUUCGGGCUGACCGAGAAUGACACACUGAUGGUCGAGGAGAUCGCCUUCCUGGGCCUGCAGGUGCACUCGCUCGGCACCAUGCACUGGGCGCGCAUCAGUGCCAGCGUGUGCGCUGGCAGGUACGUCUCGACCCUGGAGAACCUGGGGCUGGAGGUCGAGCGUGGCGCCGAGGUGCAGGGCCGAGUGCAGGAGACCUGGGACGCCUUCUACCAACUGGAGCUGCGCUUGACUAGCGCCAAGGACGUGAUCAAGAUCAGCGACAAAGUCACCAGUAUCAGCGACAACGACACGCUGAAAGCGGAGAGGAACACGCGACUCCUUCAUUACCUGCUCAACAUCGCCAGAGCCAUCCUGAUGGCCGGCGUCAAGUCGAAGCCACCCGUGCAGCCAAUACCAUCCGACCAGCAACAGGCCAAGCCGGCCAAGACAGACAAAUAUGACAUCAUCCAUCCGCUCCUGCAGCUCUUCGAGACGACUCUGCGCACCACGUACGAGAACGUCGACUUCAUCGAGAUGAUCCUGGGCAUGCUCGGCAAGGUGAACGGUGAGGAUCUCGUCAAGCAGUUCGUCCUUAUCGUCCUCGGUUCCAUCAUCCCGUCCAGCAAGCUCCAGCCUGGCUUCUUGCAGCUUGCAAAGAAGUUCCAGCCCAAGGACGCAGAUGCUAUGGGUACCUUCUGGCGCUGGGUGCUGGACGGCAACGACUCGUCAGCAAAGCCUGAUGACGCGGAGGACAAGGUUGACACCGUUGAUCUGAAGGAGAAGGCGGUCAUUCAGCGACUGAAGCAGAUCGCCAACUUCAAGAGCUACAUCCAGCUGAAGGACUUCGCCGAGAAAACCGGCGGUCUGCUGGAUGCUGCCGUGCGCUUCUGCUACGUCCUCAACGUGCAGCGCGUGCUGGCCGAUGCUGCACACGAUGUGCACAGCAUCACCACACAUCCCCUGCUUGAUAUCAAUGAGUACACGCAACGACAGGCCGUCAGGGCAAUGCCACUCGAGGACAUGCCCGCCACGCAGAAUGCCUUCACGAAGGGCACGCGCGAGGUGCUCAAGAAACUGACCUACGUGACGACCAACAGUCUUCUCAAUCUGCUGGCCGACCCGUCCGAUGACAAGAAGGUGCACGCCAUCUGCUACUUGUAUGCCAUGGAGUCGCAUAACGUGGCUACCAAGCAGAGAGUGGAGCUGGCCGUCGUCAAGUCACCCAAGGAGUACCAGAUCGAAGCCGCGUCCGCCGAAGACCAGGACACCUGGGCUCUCGUCGACAAGUACACGAUCAGCCUGCUCGGCGAGCUGGCCGGGGACAACAAGCAAAGUGCUAGCAACAAAGAGGGGCCUUCGGAGGCCAUUGAGAAGAUCACUAUUGACGCCGUGGCCGGCAACACUGGCAAGACGUGGAAGGAGAUUCUUCAGGCCGGCGUGACAGCCACGCACAACGAGAUCAAGACGGCCGCCGGUCUUUCGCUGGACGCCACGGUGAUUGGCUUCCUCGAGCGCAUCGAGAAGAUGAAGCCCAAGCAAAUAGCAGAGCCGUCCGACACCAUUGACGUCCUGUCGCCCAAGCCGAAGGGGCAGGGAGACAGCCCCGUCGGCCUCGUGCCCGCCAGCUCUCGGCGCAGCCAGGACGCCUGGUCCAACAUGCUGAACAUGGUCAAGAAGUUCACCCUGCUCAAGCUCUACGACGACGUGAGUGGCAGCAGCAGAGAGUACUACGACGCCGCCCUGCGCUACGCCAUGCGCUUUGCCUACGACAUAUACGAGAACCAGUCCGAAGAGCUGAAGGAGCUCGUCCACCAGGAGCGCUACAGCGUGGCGUUUGCUCGCGAUUUCUUCCGCUCCGUGGUCAACCAACCCGGCUGCUGCACGCCAUAUGCGGUGGAAUUCGUGGACUUCUACCAGCAGGAGGGCUUCCAGAGUAAUGAUCCGAACUGCCUGAACGCCACCUUGGCGACUAUGCUGGAAACGCAGUUUGAAGGAUGGUUCGCUAUGAAGCUGGAGAAAGCAACUCUGGAAGAGGUCCACGAGGCCUUCCUGAAGCCGGGCGACGCGGGCGACAUUAAGCUGGUCGGCGUGAUCACGAGCAUGGCCAACGCCAUCGUGCGCAAUGACCAGCGCAAGCACACCAAGCACUUGCACCUGCUGUACGACGAGUACUUCUUCUACAGCUGCAUGAUGAACAUGAGCGUGCGCACCGUCUUCUACACCGGGCCCGAGAUGCAGGAGAAGGACCUGAGGGCCAGCGUUGCAAAGUACCUGCGCACCUUCCAGUACGUCAGUCUGGACACCCUCACCACCAUGAUGAGCCAUCGCAACGAGUUCACUCGCCUCUACGCCACCCACCACCUUAUUGCCAAGCUGGCCCUGACUGGGCAGACGAAGCAGAUCACGUCCGAGGAGGACUUCUGCGGCGACUACAUUAUUUACCUGCGCCAGCGCCUCAUCCUGCCGCCUCCUGACAAAAAGCUGUCUAAGAAGCUGAAGGACAUCGCUGAGAUCAACACCGUCCAGAAGGCGUCCGAGUACAUGAUGGCGUCCGUCCACCCGUUCUUCGACAUUUGGUCCCCCAAGCCCAACGCUGCUGCUGCUGCUGGCGGCGAUAAGCCUGCAGCAGCAGGCAAUCUCCAGCAGCCCGAGACCAAGAAGGACCGACGUCGCAGCAGCACUUCGGAUAUGCGCGGCAGCGAGCCCACGUGCGUCCCGGACGGCGGCUAUCCCGUGUUUGCCGAGGCGCCGUAUCGCAUGCCCAACGCCAACGUGGACAAGUACCUCCGCUCACUGGCCAAGGACCCCGACACGCAGCUGGCCAUCCUGCGGCACAAGCGGGAUCAGACCAAGACCGCCAGCACCGUAACGCAGGAGCGCUGGCUGGUCCUGUUCAACGCGCUGCUGGACUACGCUGCCGCCCUGGCCAAGAAGGCCGACCUGCCGUCGCACGGCCUCACCGGCGUUACCGAGCACAACUUUGUCCUCGGAUUCCGUCGCCGCGUGGCCAGCCACGUCUACUACCCGGGAUGCGUGUCGCUCGAGUCCAAGCCGCUCAUUGAAGCCGUCGAGUAUCUCACCGAAGCAGGUAGCUCCAGGCUCCAGGAGGAGCUGCACAAGUUCAUCCGGUACACGGAGGCGCGGCGAGGCGAGCACAAGUUCCAGAACAUCCGCACCCUGUACGACCAGUUCUUGCAGGGCGGCAAGACGGCGGAGCUUGGCGAGGAGCUGAAGAAGGCCAUGUUCUAUUUUGCGGCGCACCUCAUGCACGACGCCGCUCGCAAUGCCCGCAAUCGCAAGCAGAUCAGCCACGAGCUGUACUCGGAGCUCAUGAUCACGCCACUUGCCGGCCAGUUUGUCAGCACGUUCCUCAAGGAGUACAGCAGCGAUGACCAGGACGAUUACGACUUCACGGCCUUGACCAGGGACAGCGUCGAGGUGGAGCUGGGCUCGGCCAUCAAGUCCUUCGUCGACAAGUACAAAUACUUGGCAAUGGAUACUUUGUACGACGCUCUGAAGGACACGGACAUUGCCGACAAGAAGCGAGUCCUCAUCCACCACAUCAUCCUCAAGAACGCCAUCGCCGAGGCUGAGAAGUUCGACUACGUGACCGAGAAGUGGGAUCAUUUCGUCUGGCACUUCUACAACUUCUUCCACAAUACUGUUAGCUUUGAUAGUGAUAUCUUUGACCACGCAUCCCUGGAGACGACUAUGGUGGAAAAAGCAAACGAUUUUCUGCAUCUCUUCUUCAAGGUGAACGACCAACCUGGACCAUCCUCCUACAUGGAUUCGUAUAGUGAUUACUACACCACCCUUGACCAAGAUGGCCAGGAUGCUUUUGCUAAUCCCAUCGUCGACCAAGAUGACCAAGCCAGCAUUUCUGGUUGUGCAGAGGGGUCGUCAAGUGGCCAGUGCUCCGACAGCUCAGGUGAAUCAACAGGUUCGAGUGACAGUAGCACAGACGGGUCAGGAAGUUCCAGUGGUGGUAGCGCAGGUCGAUCAGUAGGUGGAGCAGCCGUAGGUGGAGCAGCAGCCGGAUCAGGUGGAGCAGCAGCCGGAUCAGGUGGAGCAGCAGGUGGAGCAGCAGCCGGAUCAGGUGGAUCACCCGGAUCAGGGGGAUCAGCAGGUGACGGCAGCGACAACGCAGAUUGACCAGAUGCUUUAUGCCAGGACUAAGCUCAAGCUUGUCAAUUGAUCUUACUCACACAUCAAACUAGAACUCACCAGAUUUGUUCUUUUUUCAACUGAUUAUCCUAAUGAACUUGUUAUCCCAGAUUUUUUCUUAUUUUUUUAUUUUUAAAUUUUUACUUCUCAAUGUGUAAUAGCUGGCUCCAUGAUCCAUUCAUUCAAGGUGCCACACGCCAUCCUCGGUAUUUUUUUAAAUAUAUGCCAAGCAGGCCUUUUUUGUUGUUAGCUGGUGCUCAUGUGCGCCACCGUUAUAUGCCCAGCCGUCCACGUGCAGCUUGUCUUCAGAUUUCUUCUUUUUUUUAAAUAUUAUUUUUAGCAAUUGUUCCGAGUCCUUUCUCAAAAAGGCCUAUUUUUUCCAUUCUACACACACAUGUACUGGAUUCAACCUUAGUAGUGCCUUCUACUGCACUGUCUGCAGACGUUCUUUUGAUAUCUCCGUGCCGUGGGUACGUACAUGUGGGUGAUCGGAGGUUUUUUUAACUUUUUAUUAUUAUUUUACGCAGCAUGUCAAGAAAAUGUCAUAAUAAUCCUGAUCGGGCUGAUCUGCAGCUGAGUGGAGGUUGUGUGGUAACUAAAUUGCUACAGUCCAUUUCAAAACUAUAGACGCGUAGGGUUUUUGAAAUAUUUCAAAUUUGGCUGGAACUUUUUGAGAAUAGUUUUCGGAAUAUUGCUCAGGAUCGCUCCACAAUUACACUCAUAUAGUUUCU